AUGAGGUUGGUGGGCGCCGCUUCCAGCAGGCCUCAGAUAUUGUGGAGUGAGAGUGAGGGUGAGGCGGACGUCACACCUCGUUUCGAUCAGAUUGAUGACGAAGAGGAGACCCGUGGUGUGUGGCUGGAGUGUUUUGUGCUUAGAUCUGCGAUUGGGUGGCCGUACAAUUUUUUUUUGCCAGAUUACGAGGAAGUAUUUGUGCGCAGGGAGGUGGUGCGUGCGUGGAAUGUCAUUAAGCGAAGCAUCAACAACUGGACCCCUGCUGAUAUUUGUACUGACAUAAGGCAAUCGUACGUUGUGGUUGGAACAGCGGGCAUUGGCAAGUCGCUGGCGGUGGGGUCCUUUCUGCUGCACGAGCCCCUGCACUACGACGCCGUGAGGGUCCCGGUGGUGGCCUACUUUGUAGAAGGGUCAGUGUGCCUUUUCCACAAAACGGGAGAAAUGGCAGGGACAGCAGUGAAAUAUAAAAACACCAGUGAAGGUUUGUGGGCCAUCAAAGAGUUAGAAAGGGCUAACGUAGGGGGUUACUAUAUUUUUGAUGUGACUAAGGACCAUCGAGUUGUGGCGGGGCUGCCUCGUCGACGGUGGGGCGGAAUCGUGUUGACUACGCCUGACGCACGUAACUAUGAGGGGUGGAAGAAACAACGUAAUGUGUUUAACAUUUUUGUGAACGGCUACGAUGCACGAGAGAUGAAGGCGUUCUUUGCGUGGCAGGAGCGUGAUUUGCUGCGUGGCUCACAGGGAAGCCGCGAAGGAAGAGCAGAGCUUGAGGAGAGGUGGCAGAGGAUGAAGGACCGUAUUUGUGUGGUUGGACCGCUCCCUCGCUACGUUUUUGACGAGGACCAUUACUCAGGGCGCUGUGCCGCAAUUGACUGGGCGCUGUCCAACACGUCUGACAUAUGCUGGGAGCACUGCGCAAGGCUUUUGUUUGGCAAGGCUGAGUGGGGCGAGGACCGGAUCGCGGACAAGCUGAUCAAGGUGCUGCGUGUGGUGAGGGAUGCGUCGGUGGUGGUGAGGCCCAAUGCGGGGAAUGGAGAGGACGCGGAAAGCUGCAUGAAUUUUCCCGUUUCAGUUGAAGUCAAAAAGAACAUUGCGGAGGCAGGUGCUAAUGGAGAACUUUAA